AGGAGUGUAUAAACUAAAUAUAUAAAUAAUGGUUAAUAGGGUUGUUAUACUAAUAUCAGUGUUGGUAUGUCUAUAUAGUGUACGAUGCGAUACACCGGCCAACUGUACCUAUGAAGACAUACGUGGAGUUUGGUUAGUGUCUGAAUCCGAGCGAUCGGCAGAAAGGACAGAGAAGUGUGACGGCACUCAACGAUCACUCUAUAAGGUUAAGAUUGAACUCCAGUAUCCAAACAUAGCAGUGGAUGAGUUUGGCAAUAAAGAGUCACGCAUACGUGUGUUAACCAAAAACAAAGAACAAUUGGUUUUUUCGCCGCAAGACGUGGUCAGCUGUUCCGAGUACUCGCAGGGAUGCGCCGGUGGUUUUGCAUAUUUAACUGCUGGAAAGUAUGCACAAGAUUUUGGUGUUACAAUAGAAGAUAACUUUCCCUAUGUGGGCCAUAAUUCAGAGUGCAAGGCCAAAAAAGUGGGAAACAGAUAUUACACGGCCAACUAUAGCUAUGUUGGCGGCUAUUACGGUGCCGGCAACGAAGCUCGUAUAUUGGUAUCACUGAUCAACAACGGGCCACUGGCUGUUGACUUUCAAGUAGAAAGUGAUUUCCAGUCGUAUCAUAAAGGUAUCUAUAAACACACUAAGGUAUCGGUCGACAAUAGUCUGGUCAGAUAUAACCCGUUCUUUGAGGUCAAUCACGCCGUACUGGUGGUAGGCUAUGGUGUGGAUAAAGAGACAAAUACCAAGUAUUGGAUUGUGAAAAACAGUUGGGGCGCCAAUUGGGGUGAAAAUGGCUACUUUAGGAUAGUGCGCGGAAUCAAUGAAGUUGGCAUUGAAAGUGCCGCUGUCGAGGUCACACCUAUACCUAAUUAG